AUGUCGUUGUCGCGGGCCGUCGCAUCAGCGCUCGGACAAUGCCUUGUAAGUCAUCAAAAGCAUCAACGACGCGAAGGAAGAACGAAGGAGGUUGUUAGAAAAAAAACUUCCUUUUUGUUCUCUUCAGCUGAUGGAAAGAUAAAGAAGAAGAGGACGAUGGAACGCAAGAGCGAUAGGAUAUCGACUGGUGCAUCUUCAUCAUCGUCGUUUGAACCUGUGAUAGUUGAUAUUGGCGAUGGCACCAACGAUAAUAACGAUUUGAGCAAAGGAGGAGGAAGAGGAGGAGGAAAAGGAGGAGGAGGCAGUUGGUUCGGAGGAAGUAAUAAAAAAAAAGAGGACGACGACGACGACAACGAUGAUUACAGCGAUAGAUUCAACGGAUUAUUCAAGUUUCUUCUCCUCGCUUUACUUUUUAGACAAGCCGUGAUAUCUGCGCUCGAUAAAUUGCACGAACCGUCGUACGACGAUGCUAAUAAUACAGAAGAAAAUGAUGGCGACCAACAACAACAACGAAAGCGAAGAGAGAAGAAGAAAACGAGCGCCUGCGCGAUUGUCAUUCCGGCGUUGAACGAAGAGGAAAAUAUAGAGCUUUUGCUCGUACAAAUACAUGCGUUGCGACCGCAACCAUCCGAAGUGGUCGUUGCCGUGGGAGAUUCCACGGACAAUAGUGCCAAAGUAGCUGAGAAGUACGGCGCGAAAGUAGUGCGAGGCAAACGAGGUAGGUCGCGACAAAUGAACGCCGGCGUCCACGCUCUCUCAACACAUCCGAAGAAUGUCUUGUUUCUACACGCAGAUACGAUACCUUUUCCGGAUAUUUUGAAUGUAGUUGAUGAGACAAUGAGAGAUGCAAAGGCUAUCGUGGGAGGGUUUAUUUCGCUCAUCACGACUGAUAAGAAAACGUACUGGGCGAUGUCUUAUCACAACGUCUUCAAAUCAGAUUUCUACACGGCUAUUUUAUAUCCGAAAAGAUACGUGCUCGGAUUGAAACUUUUGUUUGGCGACCAAGGUAUAUUCUGUAGACUAAAUGAUUUUGAAGCCGUCGACGGAUACGAUGAGACUUUGCCCAUCAUGGAAGAUGCAGAUUUAUGUAUUCGAAUGCAAAAAUACGGGUGCUCUAAAAAAAAAAGUACGACGAGCUGCGUGCGUUUAGUGGAUAGGGUCAUCACGACCAGUGGAAGACGCAUCGAGAGCAUGGGUGGCAAUCUGAAGUCGACAUUAGUACACUUUCUUAUUGGUGGGGCAUGGGGCAUAUUCAAAGUAAAAGGUGACGGUUUAUUGUGGCUGUAUGAAAGGUUCUACGGAUGGAAUGAAAGAGGAGAAAAAUCGAAACAGGAAAAGAAGAAGAGGAGAAAAUGA